AUGCACAUCUCAAAGAAUAUACCCCGCCAUCAUGCCAUCUACGCCACACAGAGGCGUCAAGUGUCCGCCUUAUAUAUAACUGGUGACAAAGCUCGAGAGAAUUAUGUGACCAUACAACCAUACCUUGAUUUUAAAGGUACAUUUGAAAAUAUGGAACAAUUACAGCAUUCGAUAAAGAAAAGGAAUUUGGCAAUUGAUUUAAAUAAAGUCCAACAAAUGUUUGAAAAUUAUACAAAUAAAGCCAAGGAAAUAGAUAAGGUGGAACAAGAACGGGAACUAAUUGCCAAGCAGCUGAAAGAUAUGGGUAAAGUGAAAGAUAACAACAACACGGAGCUAAUGAAUCAAUUAAAAGACAAAGGCAAGGAGUUGAGAAAUAAACUGAAAUCCCUUAAAACCGAUUUCUAUCCCAUUGAAGAUGAAUUCUGCCAGGCGUUUCUACAUUUACCCAAUCUCUUGGAUCGACAGUGCCCCGAGGGUGAACAUGAAAGGAUUUUAUAUCGCAGUAAGUUAAAUGAUGACCAAUCCGCCACCACUCAAUCACAUUUGCAACAAAGCGAUCAAAUCAAUUUCAUUGAUAACUCACGGUAUUAUCUAAUGAAAGAGGCGGCGAAAUUCGAUUUAUAUUGUACCGAUGCUUUGGUAAAAUAUUUCCUGCAAAAAGAAAAAUUCAUACAAACCUGUAAUCCAGAUUUUGUACGGUGUGUCCUGCUGGAGGCAAAUGCUACACCAUUGGAUCUGUAUCACAAGGUGGAGGAACAACAUUUACAAAAUAAACUAAAUUCGGCAUAUCUUACGGGUGGUGGGGCAUUUGAAAGUUUCCUUGGGGCGGUAACAAAAUUAUGUGUCUAUCCUUCGGUUAUACCAUUGAGGUAUAUCUGUAGUGGUAGAUUAUAUGAAAAAUCAUGUGAAGCCGUGGAACAAUCACUCUAUACUGCCACCCAAACAAAUGCUGUCCAAACAUUUGUGGCCUGUGAAAAUGCCCAACAGAGUGAGGAACAUAUGGAUGCAAUUUUAAAUCGUUGUGUUGAUUUUUAUAAGACAUUUGAUAAUCUACAUUUUCGAGUGGUGUAUGCAAAGGCUGCUGAUUUAAUGCCUUCGGAAAGUUUGCGUGCCCAAAUUGAAGUCUAUUCACCCCAUCAAAAACGUUAUAUUUGUGUGGGCCGCUUAAGCAACUAUAGCGACUAUGUUAGUAAACGGAUAUUGUUUACAAUGCGCGAACAAAAGGAUUACAGAUUUCUGCAUUUAAUUGGUGGUCCAAUAUUGUAUACCACACGCCUUAUUGCCGCCCUUAUUGAGUGUCAACAGCCGUUGGAUUAUAAGAAGUUGAUGCAGAAUUUAAAAUUGAAAUCUGCAGGUGGAUCUGCCACCGACUCUAGUAAUAAAAUGUUUGAAGAAUUCCAAUCGUUGUUUAAAUAA